UCCCGCGCUACGGCGUAGACCGCUCGUCACUUUCGUAGCGUUUUCCCGAACAUUGCCGAAGUUUGCGUUCGGGCUUUUUUGUGUUUUUAGACUUUUUUUUGUUCAUAAACAUUAGAGUUAAUGUGAUUUGUUUAGAAAACUAUUAAGUGGUUUGUUAUUGGUUUAAUUUAGAUUGGUGUGAUUUGAAAGUUGAAGAUGGCUUCAGACAACCGUACCCGCAUCCAGCAAAACGACCUUCUUCUUCAUGAGGCAGUUAUCAAGAACGAACCGGCAGCUGUUCGUGAAGCACUGGAGCGGCCGACCGAUGUCAACUGCAGGAACAAUUAUGGAAGGGCGCCGAUCCACUGGGCUGCCAGCAGAGGAAACGUCGAAAUUAUAAACUUGCUCAUAGAAUCCAAGUGUGAUAUAGAGGCUGCGGAUAAGUUCGGAAUGCGACCGUUGUUGAUGGCGGCGUGGCAUGGCCACCUAGAUGCCGUGAAAACCCUGGUGGCAGCCGGAGCCUGUCUUGCCGCUACUAAUAAAAAGCAGAAUGACCUACUCCAAUGCGCGUGUUCCCGGGGCUCAUUGGAUGUGGCAGAGUAUGCCAUAUCUCUGGGGGCUAAGGUGCAAACUUCUGAUGCAGCGGGCGACGCACCACUUGCAUUGGCAUCAAGGGCCGGACACACUGCAUUAGUGGAGUUGUUGCUACAAAAGGGUGCUUAUAUUGAUGCCGUCAAUAAGGUAGGUCGCACAGCCCUGCACGUGUCUUGUGAAGGUGGUCACUCCUCCACUGCUGCAUUCCUAAUCAACAAAGGCGCUUCGAAAGAGGCUCGAGACAACUCAGGGCGAACUCCUUUACACCUGGCAGCCGUACAUCGACACACAGAACUCGUGAGAGUGCUGCUAGAUGCCGAAUGUCAUGUGGACGCUGUUGACAACAAUGGUGUGACUGCAUUGCAAAUGGCGUGCGCCCAAGGCUGUCGAGGUAUUGUGGAACAUCUGCUCGCAUUUGGCGCGAAUGUCCAUAUGCAAAACAACGUUGGAUCGUCAGCACUUCAUGCUGCCUGUGCUGCUGACGCUACGGACAUCGUUGAACUGCUUCUAGCUCACGGAGCUGACCCAGCGCUUACUGAUCAGUGGUCUCAAUCCCCGGUGAGCGUGGCUGGUGGGGCGGCGGAAGGUCCUCCCGAGGGUUUCCGAAGAGCAGCGAGAGGAUCUUUCUCCGCCAUCCUGGACCUGCUGACUGCCACUGCCAACUUGGAGAUACCACACCAGGAAUCUGACGGCUCGGCGUCGCCUCGAGCUGAUGACAGGUCCAGGGGCCACUCUCCCGCCCCCAGUGAAGGUAGGCGUGGAGCACAACAGUGAGAGGUGAUGGUCGGCCAGCACUCUCCUCGACCGCCUGGCUCAGCGAGGCUUCGCGGCCGACACCAGGCUAGCACUGCCGCCCACAGGUUGUGCCCGCUACCGCGAGCUAUGCUACCGCGCGGCGCACGCGCACGUGCCGGAGGACGCGGCGCCGCGGCCGUGCGACUGCGCCAACUGCUCGGCGCGGCGCCACUCCGCCAACGCGCCAUGAGACUGGGCUGCCGUGGCCACUACCGCAGCCCUCACAAGGCCAAUACCUGCGCUGCCUACCCACCUAGCCCGCCGAAAUUGAGUGGCUCACGGACUGUAUUUUAGCCUCGUAUUUUACCACUACUUGAUGCAUUUUCAGUAUUCAGUGUUUAUUCGAAUAAUUUCAUAGAUUUUUCAGUAUUUCUGGAUGUGAUAAUAAAUUUAGCUGUUUCCAUAUUAUGCUCAAAUAACAUUACUUGGAAAUUCCAAUUCACUUUUUAUGUAAUAAUAUGUGUGUGAUGUUUAUUUUAUAAGUUUCAUAUUCCCAGUGUACCUGCUAUGUCCUAAAAUUGAUGUUCAUAUUAAAAAGCUAUUUUACCUUCGCCUAUUUCAAGCCAUUUAAAUAGAUAUAAUUGAAUGGUACAAUCUACCUUUCAAAGAUAGAAACUGGAUUAAACACUCAAAAAUGUCUGCUUAGAUGUAGUUAAUUCGAUAUGAGGCCUUCCAAUACAAAGGAACAAAUAAGUCAAUUCCAAGUAAGCAGUUAGCAUCACCUGUUGUAAAUAUUCGCUUCUAUCCUAGUGCCUUACCCGAUCCGCUUGUCGAUUUCAAUCAUUGAUUACAUUAUCCAAUAUAUUUUGCACUAUUGAAUUCAUGCAAUGUAGGAUUAUAUUCCAUACAUUAAAAAAUGUGCACAUCCAAAAUCGCUUUUGUAAUUAAGGAAAAAAACGCAUCGCAAGCGUUAAUAUUAAAUUCAAAGGUAAAUUAAUGUAAUUAUGUAAAAAAUGUCUGUCCAUUGGUGAUAAGAUUAAAAUGACCUAGUGUAAGCUUUGUAAUAAAAUAAUGUGGAAAUUAAAUUUACACAGUUUAUUUAGACGAUUCUCUACAUAAGAAUUUCCGUAACACUAAUUUAUUAUAAAGAACACGUUUAAUAUAAAAAUCUAAGCCAAAAUAUUAACUUAGUUGUAAUGUGUAGGUGGCUAUCAUUAUCUCUAUGGUCCAGAAUAUUGAACUGCUAAACUAUAAUUAAAAUUCAUGUGUGCUAAAAGUAUCAUGACCUCUUAAUUUUAGAGCCUAAUAUUAAUAUUAGAUAUAUCUAGAUGUAAUUUCUAAAUUAAAAUCAUCUGACCUAAUGUAAUACCUGUCCAUCGGUGUAACUUUAAACGAUUUAUAAUAAUUAUAAUAAUGUACAUUAACUUCUAUUUUAUAUUACAUCGUUAAAAAUUAUAAACAUUAAUUUUAAUUACAUACAUUUUUAACUUCUGAUCUAUUUUCGAUUGUACUUACCCGAUGUCAUUAAAUUUUAAUCGUACAUUAUUUAAAUAUUAUUAACAAGGCCUACCUA